ACUGAUACAUUUGCAUCACUGUGUGUAUAAGAGGUGUGAAAAGGAAGGAAGGGUGCUUUUACUAACCUGAACUCAGUUUUCUGCCUGCAGACCACAUCAGAAAGGUUCUUAAGUGACAAUGUCCUUCACCUUUGUAAAUAGAAUUGUUUUUUGAUGUGUCUAAUUCCUGGAUACAUUAUUUACCUGCUGACAUUUCUUAUUGUCUCUGAAGUCACACAGCCAGAUGACGGGGCAGCUAUGAGUUUAACUGCAGCACUCAGAGGAUUUUUUAUCGUUCUGCUUUCUGUGUCAGUGGUACAGAGUCAGAAUGGAUGGGGAGUGACUUACACUUCUACUCAGAUCUGUGCUGUAAAAGGAUCAUCAGUGGAGAUACACUGCACCUACACAUACCCACCCAGAAUAAAUAAUGAAAUUAUUGAAGUUCAGAAGAGAUUAUGGUUUACUAAAUUGCAACAAGAUGUACCUGUGGAUCUAAAAACUGACCCAAACUAUGACGCUCGAGUGGAGUAUCAUUUUUUUCAGAACAACAGCACUCUGAGAAUCACAGACCUGAGGGAGAGCGACUCAGCUCAAUACAAGUUCAGGUUUGAGACAAACAGUCGUAGUGGACGUUAUACUGGCACUCCUGGAGUCACUUUGCUUGUUACAGAUGCUCCAAUACGCCUCUCUGUGUCAGUGACUCUCUCGGGUGAGAUAGUGGAGGGCAGCUCUGUGACUCUGACCUGUAGCAGUGAUGCUAACCCAGCAGCUAGUUACACCUGGUACAAGCAGAAUGAUCAGAAACCUCUCAGUAAAGACUCCCAGCUCAUCUUCAGCUCCAUUCAGUCUUCUGAUGCUGGAGAGUAUUACUGCAUAGCUGUAAAUGACCUGGGGACAAAAAGGACUGGACACAAUAUCAUCAUUGUGAAUUGUGAGUAAAAGACCAUUAAUAUUUAAAAAAAUAAAAAAUUAUUCAUAUAUUCAGGUUCUGGUGCUGUAGUUCAUUCAGAAGCUUCAGUAGCUCAAUUAACAGAAAGUCAAUUAAACUGCAGGGACUUUGGUACAUUUAGUUAAAAGCAACCUCUGUGAAUCCUUCAUGUUAGUGUUCUCGUAUCUGCUGGAUGCAUGAGAUGAAGGUGAUGAAGGAGCAUCAAAGAGUGUCCGGAGGAAGAGGAAUAACAUUGCCAGAGAGCUAAAAAUGAACCUGAGUGAACUACUCAUGUGCAUGUUUAUGUUAAUGGACAAACUGUCAGAAACAGAUUGCAUCAGGGUGGAGCUGGAAAUCCUUUAGUCAGACGUGUAAUCACAGCCUAGCACUGUGCAGAUGAACUGGCAUUAAUAAGAUAACACCAGAACUGGCAGGUCCACCACUCGUGAUAAGAACAGACAAGAAUUCACACUGAGCACAUGUGACAGAGAUUGGAUUUGCUUGCAAUUUUUAUGUAAAAUAUUUGCUCCCUUCUUGAUUUCUUAGUUUUUUGCAUAUUUGCCACACUUGUUUGUUUGAGGUCAUCAAACACAUUUUACAAUUAGACAAAUGCAAAACGCAGUGUUUAAAUGGUGUUUUAAUUGAUUUAAUUUCAUUUAUUAAGGGAAAAGGCUAUCCAAACCUGUUCUUUUUAAGUGAAAUCUUUAUUCAAAAGUUCUAGAAGUGUGAUGAAUUAGCAACAUUUUUAAAAAGAAAUCUGUA